AUGAGGGCAUUGCCCCGAGUGCUCGCAAGCGUCCUUUUUGGAUAUGUUGCUCUGUCUGCAGUGAAUUGUUUCAUUGCAAACGUGAGCAGCUCGCCGUCAAGAAGUCAUCCCGGAUACUUGGUCGGACAAGCUCCAGGUUCUCAUCGCGGAAGGUUGCCAAAUAAGGCAGUAGCUGAACCGGAAGUCCUGACACUCGAAAAGCCGGUCGCAGAAGCUGUCGACGACUCUGUGGUCGUCGAGCGUGCUAGGACAGAGGUGACAGACGUCGCGGAACUGCAAGCUGCUACAAAUCCUGUCGAGAAUCGCAAACUUAGAGCUGCCAUCGAGUCCAUUCAGUUGGAUCAAGAAGCUCUUCGCAUGUCGACCCCUUUGCUUUCCAUCAAGACUAUUCUGGCAACAGGUUCCGCAGCAGGGCUAUCUGCACUGGCCACCCUUGUUGCAGCUUCACCGGAACUGUUUGUGUGGUUACCGCCACUGACAACGCUUAUCUUUUUGUAUUCAUCCCUGUCUGAAAGUGCCGCUGGCAGAUAUAGAGCAAAGUCGAAGUACAACUAUGGGCAAGCCUCCAGGAUUGCUGCACUGGCCGAGUCAAGCCUAGCGACGGCGGAGGCGAAGACGGUCUUUUUUCCUUUCGGAGUUGGGCUCACGGCAAUCACAUCGGCAGCCUGCGUGAGCUUGAGAAUAUUCAACGAGAAAAUUGGCGAUUUCUUGCCUGAAGGAGAGUCGUUUUCAACAAUUCUUGCAGGCGACAACGUUAUUCUAAUUUUGCUCGCAACGGCUUCUGUGUAUGGAGCAAUCCUCACAAGCCUCACCUAUGUGGCAACCCGAGCAGCAUUGAUCCUGGAUGAAAGUAUCCAGAACUCUGCCCCAAGUGAUUGGGAAGCAGGCCGUUUGCCAAAAAGGGCCAAGGAGCCGACGCCGGAGGAUGAGCGAAAUGUGGUCCUGGCCACCAUCUUCUUCUGUUUGGUUCCCGUUCCCUUCAUCGUAGAUGGAGUUGACUUCAACCUGGCGUCGACAAACCCACUGCUGUUUAACAAGGAACUGCAGGAGCUUCUGGACAAUGCCUCCGUCGUUAUUUCGGCAUCUGCUGCUGCUCAGGCAGCAGUGGCAUUCCUGCUGGGUGAGCGGGACUUUACAGAUGCGGAGCAGCGAUGUGCACAGCAGUCGAAACAGGCGGCGCUCGCCGAGAUGUUCUGUGCUCAAGCGCAAGAGGAGGCUGCCAUUAUCCCGGUUCGCAGCGCCGUGUCCGCUGCCGCGCGCGGUGCUGCAGAUCUGGUCAUCGAAUUCUCGAGGCUCGCAGCUGUCUUCUUCCCAUGGGGAUCUGUGCAGCAAGCUUUUCAAUCCAUAUUGAACACCAAGCUAGUGAGAGUAGAGUCGGAUGCAGCGACGAAGGAAGCUCGACAGGUGAAGUAUGGUCCCAAAGUGACGCGGAACCGCAAUGCGAUAGACGCCUCGCUGGUGGAGAUUGGCCGUUUGCAGAAAGAAGCCUUUCCGGCUGACAGCGACAUGCGAAAUAAGAUUCUCGCACUGGAAGUCGGGGAAACGAAGACGUUCAAAAUACGGUCCAAGGAAGGCCGCCGAGAGGUCCACCUUGUCGCAGCGGAGCUCGGCAUGUUCUCGCAGUCCAAAACUGUAAACGAUCAGAGAGUGGUUGAAGUCAAGAACACUGGCAGAGACAAGAUGGUUUUGGAUGAGGAUACCCUGUCGAUCUCGGAUGCGAUUGUUCAAGAUGUGGUGGAACCAGUGCAGAAGGAAGCGCAGAUCGGCAUUGCCGAGGGCAUACCUGAAGAGUGGUCGCCAUGGAUCUCUUCCGCAGCUGUGGCCGCUGCAAGCGUGCAGGCGGCUCCGGCGGUGUUGGGCGCCGAUGCCUCGCAGGUGGUUCUGCCGCUGGUCACAGGCGGCAUUGGGCUCCUCACUGUUUGGCAGGAGAGAGUCGGCAGGGAACAGGUUGCCUAUGCCAAGAAGGAUGCUGCCUUACUUCAACAGCGCCAUGCCGAAGCAGAAGCUCUCUGCGGGCUCGCGGCCCUGUCGGCUUCUGCGCUGCCCACCUACGUGGCCGUUGCGGCUGUUGCCGGUGGGGUGGCAGCUGUUGGCUUCCUUGGACAUUUCGGUGGUGCCGUUGGAUGGGCGUGUGAAUUGCCCACCCUCGGUGUCUCCAUGGUGACACUCGUCCUAGCACUGGAGCGCCAGGAGCUGGUGGAAAAGUAUACCCUCGGUGCUGCUCGUGUAGUGGGCGGUGAGCCGCCGGUCAAAGCCAGGUUGAGGGCUCAGCGUCUUUGGCUUGUGGUCCCGAUCCUGGUGAUGUUGCUGCCGGAGACACUCAUCCGCCGCUGCUGUGCGGCGAAUGCUUUGAUCACUGCGGAGCUGGGCUUCGUUUUGGCGAACUGUGCUCGUCAGUUGUCCUUUGGUGAGUACUUCGCGGCCCGCACUCGGCGGGUACACUCGAGGACCGAUGCAUGGGCGCAGGUUGCAACAGCUUGUUCACGUAGUCUGCCACUGACUAGUGCCCUGGCUCUGACGAACACGCUCAUUUCGACAACCUUGGGGGCUGUCAGCGUGUCCUUCGGCGGCAUCUUCCCGAUUUUUGGACUGGCCGUGUGUGUCAGGGCCGUCCAGAAGGCAGUGGAAUCUCGAGAAAGCGCGGCCUUGACACGCAGAGAGGGAAUGGAUGCUCAGAAGCUUGGAAAAACAUUUCCUCCGUAUUCGGAUCUGGAGGUGCAGGACGAUGAUUUUAUCCCUCAGACUCCGACCGUGGCCAAGCGGAUUCGGGAGGACCUGAAGCUGCUUGCUCCAAGACAGGUCCGAAGUGCCAUUGGCAAGGCAUUCAAAGGCUUCUUACGAAUCUUCUCGGAAAGCAAGCCCGAGAAGGAGUUUGCGGAGACUCCGGAUGCGAAGGUGAUCAAACGCGUGCAGGCGGACCUGGAGGAGCUUCGGGUCACUGUCAGGGGCAACGAGCGCAGCUGGCUUCGGGUCGGCUCGGUUGUUGGCUUGCUCACCGCUUCUUCCAUCUUGGCUCCCUUCCUGCUCUCUGAACUGCUGACGGAGGUCAUCGUCCCGUUGGCUGGAACCGUGCUGACUGUCUUCGUCGUCUUUGCAGAAAGUGAAGCAAGGUCGUCCGUCGCACAGGCCAAGGUCCGCGCGGCGCAGUUGAAUGAGCAAAUGUCCACCAUGGAGGAGCUCGUUAGCAUCAGCUCACUUUGGAAGUCGUACCUCAUGGCUAUGGUCGGCAUAGCAGACUGCAAUGCCAUCCUAGGCUUGGUGCUGCACUCGAAGUGGAAUGUCAUCAAGUGGCAUCCCGCGCUGGUCUACUUGCAGGAUGGCGCGCAACUUCUGGUCGCUAUCACAUCCAUCUUCAUUGCUGCCUUGGCAGCACGACGAAUGCUGCAAGUGCGAGAGUGGGCGCAAAGCGUGGAGAAGAUUGCGGGUGACAACUUUUCGGAGGAAACGCUUGCCGGCAUCCGGCAGACCUCUCCCAUGGAGGUGGAUGCCGGCAAGGGCGUGUACCCUUUAAGCAAGCGCCAGAAGCUGUUCGUGGUACUGGCAGCAAUAUUGCCUCCCGUGCUGUUGCUCGUAUUUCCGCUCGGGGAAGAGCUUGGUGAAAAAUGUGUGGAUGCAAGUGGAGCAGCUGCCCUGGUGGUGGCCCUGACCAUGGUUCAAGCCGAAAGGGUCUCCUGUAGAGCGGAAAGGACUCAAGCAUCGUGCAAGCGCGCUGCGUCUCUUUGUGAAGCCUUUGCAAAUCGGGCAGAGCAGCAAGGUGCUUUGCUGCCCUUCAACUCGGCUGUUGCCAUUGCAAUUGCAGGUGUUAUCACGUUCCUGACGGAGCUGAACCCGAUCACGGCAGCGGCAUUGACUGUCUUCCAGGCCAUGAGCUGGGUGGUCGCAUCACGAAAAGGAGUUGCGGCAAAAUUCGAAAGCCGGGCAAGUUUGCAGGUGCGCUCUCGCUUCUCUUCUCGCGGCACUUCAGCAGCCACUGGCACCAUCGGUCAGCGCUUCAAGAGCUUCAUCAUUGGCUGA